AGCGUCUACUGCCGUCGCUAUGUGUCACUCUCGCAGCUCUCUUCCCACCAUGACCGGCCUGCGGGCCCCGGCUUCUAGCCCCUCCACUAGUCCGGGAGUCCGGCGGGGCUCGGGCCCGGAGAUCUUCACCUUCGAUCCACUGCCGGAACCCGCGGCAGCCCCAGCCACGCGCCCCAGCGCCUCUCGCGGGCACCGGAAGCGCAAUCGCCGGGUCCUCUACCCCCGAGUGGUGCGGCGCCAGGUGCCAACCGAGGAACCGAACCCAGCCAAAAGGCUCCUCUUCGUUCUGCUCACCAUCGUCUUCUGCCAGAUCCUGAUGGCUGAAGAGAGUGUGCCGGCGCCCCUUAUCCUGGAGGACGCCCCCAGCGCCGGGGUCCCUGAGUCCAUCCCUGCGCCCCCGGUCCUCGAACCCUUUAAUCUUACCCUGGAGCCUGCAGACUACGCUCUGGACCUCAGCACCUUUCUCCAGCAACACCCAGCCGCCUUCUAGCCGGGACGUCCCACACCACCACCAAACAAUCGGGGGGGAAAACAAAGAACACCAGGCCUACACACCUGAUGCUUGAAAUCGUAUCCCACACUGGGACCCAUAAAGGGAACUCGAACUCAGAACACACUACAGCGCAGAAAGACGCCAGCUGGUGCUUGAGGGGGCGAGACCGAGGCAUGGAUGAUAAGUCCGGCCCAGGCCCAGUGGAAAAGGAGAGCGGCGUUAAUUUAUUCCUCAGUGCUCCUACUUAAUAUUUAAAUGUAUUUAUGUAUGUCCUCCUAGGCGAUGGAGGGAAGUAUGUAAUAUUUAUUUUAACUUAUGCAUGGGAGCGAGCUAUGCUUCCUUGCUGUGUAGAUGCACAUCUUGGUAUUUAUUGAGUUUUGUGGGCUUUUGGUGGAGGGCCGGGCGCCUAGAGCUGAGCCAGAAGUUGGGGGAGGACGCCCGGUUUAGGGGUCCGGCGCGGUGGUGGGUAUUGGGAUUAGGGAGUAAACACCCGGUUCGCCGGCCGAUCUCCAGCAUCUCGACGUUCAACCGCGGGAGGCUUCGACAGCCUACCGGGAAUAAGUAAGGUCCGUGGCCGAUCUCCUCGAAGUUACCUCUUAGGUAGAGGUGGCUGCAAGGUCAGGGGUCGGUGGGCUGUCAGAGGGUGGCUGUCGGGGUCCCCCAGUAUGUUCUGUGAACACAAUAAAGUUGAUUUCAUGUC